AUUUCUUUCUUGCCAUUUAGGACCAUGAUUUACAUCUCUCAACUGGGUAUCUUCAGAAACCCUAAGCCAAUUGAAGGUGAGCUUUGAAUCUGGUAAGUUUCUCCUUUGGUUCCGGCAAUUGUAGCCUCAAUUGCAUGAGUUUCUCCUUGGAUCUGAUAUUCAUUUUGAUUUUGAUUUCUCAGAUUCUGAUUUUCACAUUAGCCUUUCUGUCUUCUCCUUCGAAUCUCAUCCGGUGCUCCAGAUUUGUGUCUUCUUCUUAGAUUUUCAAAAUCCCUAGUCUAAAGGAUUCUGAAAUUUUAGACUUGAAAUCGCGAUUUUCUUUCUUCAGUUUCCGCAUUUUCAAGUCUAUUGUAAAGGGUAGAAGAUGGCAAAGGGAAGAAAAAGAAAAAUGACAAUUGGGUGUGCAAGAUGCAAGCAGUGAGGAGUCUUCCUCUCGACGGUGACAACCAAAUCGAGCUAAACUAAAACAGGAAUUAACCACUCUGCACAGCAAAGAGGAUCAUGUUUGUUAUUUUAAUUUAAUUGUAUUUUUGGUUAAAAUGUUAGUGUUUAUAGUAAUGUAUAGAAUAGAAUCCUGUUUUUCGGGCACAAACACCCAUGAAGUUCCUAUGCAACCAAAAAGAGGGGUGACAAAGUGUCUAGAUGUUCAUAGGUUAGGGUCGAGUGAAAGGAUUAAGGUUGGAAUCAAUACACAAUACAGAUAAGCAGGCUGUUGGUCCAGGUGAUCAGAAGUACUAUCUUGGGCACAUUUGCAAGGAAUCCCACACUUUGCCCACUAAAUUAUGAAUACUGCAGGGACAUUGCCAAGACUACCAAAGCUGAUCAAAUGGAUUAUGUUAGGGUAAUUUUUUUUUUUUUCUAUCUUAACUUUUUGUCGAUAAUUUUUGAAAUUUUCUUGCUUUCAUCUUCUCUCAUCUACAUAUCUUAGUGCAAACUUAGGUAGGGUAGUGAAUUUAGUUUCACACUUAUUGAGAGUCAUCCCUCCUUGAACCAUCUGCAGAAACUAAUUCUCCAAAUAUUUUUUUCAAUUUGCAUUGCUAAAGGUGGCAUGCCAAGCAAAGAAAAGUUUGACGCUGCAUCUUUACUAAAACAUUUGGUUGAUAAAUUAUGGACGUGUAACAAAAGCAAGUCGAAUCCUUAUUGGGUGCUGCAUCUUACCAAUUAUAUGCUUUUUCUUGCCUUAUGCUUGCUUUCUGUUUACCUUCAAGGAAUAUAAAGUUCGAACUGCAAU